UGCCUCCAAUCAGAUCUUCUGUUGAUCAUGCAGUAGGCAAUAGCCAGCGAAAUCUUGUGUUGGGGGGCUACUCAGUUUUGUUUGUUUACGGUGAAGUUGCAACGUGCAGUUCAGUGAUCGAAUAAACUAAUAUAAGCAAUGCCGCACGAUGUAUUAUGAAAAUGAUUACGAUAGUUACGACAACUCCCAUACUGACAGUAUUGAAUCUCCGUUACCGUUCGUUGAGGAGAUCGACUACAGGGAGAUCGAGCUGCUUGAGGUGAUUGGUAAAGGAACCUUCGGACUUGUUAGAAGAGGCCGAUGGAAGGGACAGGACGUCGCUGUGAAGUCGAUUGAGUCCGACCAUGAGAAAAAAGCGUUUUUAGUUGAGGUUCGUCAGCUGUCUAGAGUAUGUCAUCCAAAUAUAGUGAAACUACAUGGUGCCAGAGUCCACUGUCCUGUGUGCCUUGUCAUGGAAUAUGCCGAGGGUGGGUCUUUGUACAAUGUGCUACACACAAUGAAGGAUAUCCAGUAUACAGCCGCACAUGCCAUCAGUUGGGUGCUCCAGUGCGCCAAGGGAGUGGCAUACCUGCACAACAUGAAACCAAAGGCUCUUGUUCACAGGGAUCUUAAGCCACCCAACCUGCUGCUUGUGAAUGGAGGUACAAUCCUAAAGAUUUGUGACUUUGGCACAGCAUGUGACGUCCAGACAGUGAUGACGAACAACAAAGGCAGUGCAGCUUGGAUGGCACCAGAGGUGUUUGAAAGUGUCAACUACACUGAGAAAUGUGAUGUGUUCAGCUGGGGUAUCAUAUUAUGGGAAGUGCUGACGCGACAGAAGCCCUUCGAAGAUUGUGGACCUCCAGCAUUUUCAAUCAUGUGGGCAGUGCACACGGGCAAGAGACCACCACUCAUCAAGGGGUGCCCGAUGUCCCUCGAGACGCUCAUGACUAGAUGUUGGUUGAAAGACCCAACGAAAAGGCCUUCCAUGUCUGAAGUAGAGCAUAAGAUGGAACUGAUAUCUCAGUACUUUCCUGGCGCUGAUGAACCACUCUCCUAUCCCACACCGGAAGAUUCUGGCGAAGCUGGAAGUAGCUUGGGGUCACAACUGUCACGGCGCCCUUGGUAUGCAAUGUCUUCAUUUGGGGGCUUUUGGGAAUCUCAAGGACAACCGACGUCGAUCACCGCGGAGUGCAGCCGUGCAGCGCAAGAAGGUCAACCUCCUGCAGCGGGAGACAACGACAAGCUCAAUCCUACACAGGCGAGCGCCCCAGCAUCACUCUCUUGCAGCACGGAAGAUGUGUCGAGGCUACCACAGACAUUUGGCGCUCAUAAUCCUCGUGAUGGGACUGCAGUGACUACAUCAGCAAAAAGGCAGUCGGUGGAUUUCAGUGUUCUGUGCCAGAGCAAAGAGAAUAAACCGCUAGGACACCGUCGUAUAGGAUCAGCAGGGUCUGCUGGAGCUUCAGUGAACCCUGGCUGGAGCCCUCCUGAAAGUAGUGGUGACUUUAACAGAGGAGGUGCAACACCUAGGCAUUCUACUGUGGCAAAUACUGUUACUCCAAAACCAGACGGACCUCGCAAAACCUCGUGGCCUUCUACACCAGAAUGUCCUCAAGAUGUCGAUCUGGGUCUAAACGCUCACCUGCUGAUUGAACCGGCACUGCAGCCUCUGUCUCCUGACCUGCAUUCCAGAGAAUCUGUAGAGUUGUUUGAAGCACAUCGACGUCUUGCCCAAUGGCACUUUAAGCUGCACACUGAAAUCAGUCUUCUACAGCAGAGGAGCCUUGAAUUGGACAAGGAGCUGCAGCAACCACUAUUAGCUCAGCCGCUACACACAUACUAUGAUGAACGUGAACAGCUUGAGAAAGAAAAGGAAGGCCUAAUAAGCUUUCGCAAGAGCCUCAAGUGUCAGCUGCAGAAGCUGAAAACGCAACAAGACCAGCAAAGGAGGCAGACAUCAAAUGGACCAAGCUCAGAUGAAUGGGUGAUGGUACCCCUGACCGGCUGGUAGCACGGUUGCCAUGGAUGUGUUUCACUGUGAAAGGAGGCUUCUGCUGUGGAUGGUACAUGCUGUCUUUUUAUCUUUUUUAUCUGACUGAGAAGAAAUUAUGUUACUCUUUGUAAGGUUAUCUACAAAGUGGUUAUGCACAAAGUUUUAGAUGUUUUAAGUAGUUUACAAUGUGCUGUUGACAUAAUGUAGACUCUUGUGGUUUCCUGGUACAUCUACAUUGUGUACAAAAUCCAUUGCUUCCAUGUAGUAAAUGUACAAAUCAUAUGUCUUUAUAUCCACCUGAGUACAAUUGUGUGUGGCUAGCAAGGUACUUAUAGGGAGAUAUGGCCAUAAAGUAGAUACAGAAAUGCUGCCAUGAAAUUUCUGCAGCUAUAUGUCCAGAGUACCUUUUUAAACGCUAGCAGCUAACAUCUAUUUUCAAUAAUUGUGCACUGGGUUAGCAAGUAAAAAAUGCAAGAGCGAGUUGUUGCAAAUAUUCUGCACAUUGUGUACAGUGUGGUACAGUACUUGUAGUGACAAAAAUUGCUCCAGAGAGGCGACUUGCAAUCUCCAGUGGUUCUAGAAUGCCUCAUGGGGGCAAGUCGUUCCACAGAGGGAUGCAAGACUGUAUGUUGAAUGUGCGUGCACAAAUGUUAUUACACAGCACAUUGCACAUAAGCAGUUGCAAACAGUUUCUCAGCCACUGUAACAUAUUAUUAAGAAUGCUUAUUUUGUCAAUCUAAAAUUGUUGCCUUUCCAUAAAGGCAUCAUGCAUAUAUCCUCACUUGUUAAGGACAAGGUACAACUGUAGUUCACAAAAGCUGUGCUGGUAGAAACUUGUCAGCUGGUGCCAAUUAUUGUUUCACAAAAAUGACAAGUAUGGACUGUGGCCUAUGCUUUGUAUAAAUCAUUGGUGGCCCACAUAUCAAAAAGGUACUGAAACAAAAUCAAACUAUAUACGAAGGUACUUCUCCGAAGCAUAGUCAGUAUUCUCAUUGCAAGUGCAGUAACAGCAUGUAAAAUUGUAAAUACAGCUUUCUACAUACUCUCCUGCCCAUCUAAAUAAUGUGUCUGCGGCAGGCUGUACAACAGAGUGUCUGAUGAGGUACAUGUUUAAAUGCCCCAUUUGAAAAUGGUUGUUUCACAGGAAAUUUGUGGAACUGUGUUAUGGGCUCUGCUCAAAUCGUAAAAUUGGGUGCAUUUGUUCUGUUUUCUGAAGAGAUAUAGCAUUGCCUUGUUGCACCAUUUCCAAAUAAAAUGUUACUGUUAAUGUA